AUGCUUCAUAUGAUCGCUGUGCUAUAUUUCUUCGUCGAACAUGUCACUUCGGAAAUCACUCGUAAACAGUGGUCUUGUGGAGUUACUGAUGCAAUUGCUGACAGCUCAUUCAAGCUUUUCACAGGAAAAUGUGUAACCUAUAUGCCUCAUGUCAACUUCUGCUGUGCUUCACACAAGGAUUGCUACAAACUCCAAUUAGGAGAGCAUUAUUGCAACGUUCGGUUGUGUCUUUGUCUUGAGAAAGUUAUUUCGGAAAAAAAGGAAAAAGAUGGCUGUGAAUAUCCAAUAUAUAGAAGUUGCACUGAUGCAAGAAUGCAUGGAGAAGAACUUUAUCAGACAUUCAGUUAG